UACGGAAUUAAUCAUUGGAAAGUAUAGUGUUGCAAGCAAAGCAAUUUUCUGCGUUUGGCCCUCAGUGAAGCGGUUUUUGUAUAAAAAUAAUCGCGGAGAGGAGUAAUUAAUUUUUAAUAAACUAUUAUUUUUCAAGAAAUAUUUUAAAAUAUAAUUUAAUCAAUAAUGGGAGAUGAAGUUAAUCCUAAAGCUUAUCCUUUAGCAGACGCUACUUUAACUGCUAAAAUUUUGAAUUUAGUACAACAAGCAAUGAAUUAUAAACAACUGAGAAAAGGAGCUAAUGAAGCAACAAAAACAUUAAAUCGUGGUUUAUCAGAAUUUAUCGUAAUGGCCGCAGAUGCAGAACCUUUAGAAAUUUUAUUACAUUUACCAUUGUUGUGCGAAGACAAAAAUGUACCAUAUGUAUUUGUUAGAAGCAAACAAGCUCUAGGUCGUGCUUGUGGUGUAUCUAGACCUGUUGUUGCUUGCUCUGUGACAGUUAAUGAGGGAUCACAACUAAAACCACAAAUUCAAGCCAUACAGCAAGAAAUCGAACGUCUCUUAGUUUAAAUACUUUGUACCUGAUUCUAAAAUCAUUCUUUUUAAAUUGAAAUGUAAUUAAAUUGUCAUUUUUAUUUUUUUAUACAGAAUUUUUCAAAAAUUGAAAUUCAUGCAUCUUUUAUGGAUGAAAAUGCAUGUGUAAAGCAACUUUGUGAAUAAAAACUUGAGUAGAAAGUA